AUGGAAAUGUGGGUGGAAGUUCAAGGCCGAGGCCUCGAUGCCAAGCGCAACCUCUGGGCAAAACAUCUGCAAGAGGCAGCCACAUGGAAGCGCGACGCCGCUCCUACGCGGCAGUUCCAUGUUGGUCAGGUUCAAGAUGCGGCCCAUUCCGCCCGAAUGUUGAAAGCUGUCUGGCUGAUUGGCAGCCGACACUUGGAGCAGGCCGCCGCAGCUCUCCAUGCGUGGCAAGUUCAUGCCGUGAAAGCAAGCAGACGCAGGAAAGAGGUGUCGCAUGAGCUCUGUCUGCGCGAUCACUUGGUGGUACUGGCCAAGGCGGAACUCGAUUGGACUUAG